AUGGCUAAAACUCCUCCUAAGGCGCCUUUGAUUGUGGUUCUUGGCCCAACGGGCAGUGGAAAGUCCAAACUAGCAGUCGAGCUUGCGACCAAGUUCAAUGGCGAAAUCAUCAACGCAGAUGCAAUGCAAAUGUACAGCGGACUUCCAGUCUUAACCAACAAAAUUCCUGAAGCUGAGAGAAAUGGUAUUCCUCACCAUCUUCUCGACCAGAUCGAACUUCACGAAAAGCCGUGGACGGUGCACAACUUCGUGAGCGAGAGUUCAAGGAUAAUUGGGCAGGUUCGCGAGCGUGGAAAACUGCCUGUGUUGGUUGGAGGCACCAACUUUUACGUCUACAGUUUGCUGUUCCAAGGUGCUUUACUGAACGGUGUCUUGGACGACAGUGAGAAUGGUAACGAGAGCGGAAGUGAUUCAGAGACUGCAGAGGAUGUCGACAACGCUGCUUUAAUCGACGGUCAGAAACGAUCCGACCUCACUAUUCUAGAAGGACCCACGGAAGCAAUAUACGCAAAGCUGCUAGAAGUCGACCCCGAAGCAGCUAAAACCUGGCAUCCAAAAGACAGAAGGAAGGUCCAAAGAGCACUAGAAAUCUGGCUUCAAUCUGGACAGAAGGCCUCGGAAAUCUACGCAGCACAAAAGGCUCGAAAAGAGACCUCGCCUUCCGAAGGAGGCUCACACCUCCGAUACGAUCCGUUGAUCUUUUGGCUGAAUGCAGAAAGCAAGACUUUGCAGACACGUCUGGAUGCCAGGGUGGACACGAUGGUAGAACAGGGCAUGCUGGAAGAGGUGCAAGCUAUGCGUAAGGUGGAGAAGCAAGCGAAGUUCGAUGGACUAGAAGUUGAUCUGACGAAAGGUAUCUGGGUCGCCAUUGGAUACAAACAACUUUGGUCAUGGCUGGACAUGCAGGAACGUCAAGACCACGAGAAAGGCAUGGUUCAGGACGAUUGUGUUUCUAAAGCCUUGGAGGAAGGCCUGGAUCUCGUGAAGAUCGCUACUCGACAAUAUGCCAACACGCAGAAUCGAUGGAUACGGCGUCGACUCGCCAAAGCCUUGAAGGCUGCUAAUGUUAUGGACAGGAUGUUUCUGCUGGAUAGUACGAACCUUCAAAACUGGACCGAAUCAGUGUUUAUGCCCAGUUCGCAGAUUGUAGAUUGCUUCAUUGCAGGGGAGGCGCUACCUGCUAAUUAUGCAACGUCUGAGCUUGCAACACGUACAUUCACGCAGAUGAAAGAGCAAAAAGGUCUGAUACGGCAAACACAUGUAUGCGAAACAUGCGAUACUGUUCUGAUGAACGACCAGGAGUGGCAGGUACACCUGAAAAGCCGCAGGCACCAGAAAGUGCUAGCUGGCUUUCGAAAACGCUCAAAACGCGACGAAUAUCUUUCACGACAGGAAACAGGCGUAGCGACGACGUUUGCACGGAGCGAGGAUGGUGUUGCCGGAUGA